AUGGCACAGCAACACCGGCUAAGAUCAAGGUAUACCAGGGGAAGACCAGAUGCAGCAAAGGCAGCCGCAAAGCUCUCGCAGUUCCUUCGAAACCCCGGCCCACAGCACCAACGAGCUGUUGAUAGAGUGAUCUGCUAUCUCUACAUCACGCGAUACCUGGCACUGCAGUGGUGGAUGAGGUUCCUCGAACGAAUCGCAUUUAAACCAAGCCAUACGAUCACCCUUCGAUGCGAUAAUCAGCAGACUGUCACGUUAUUGACCUUUGAGCACGCCAAAAUCGACACGAAGCUUCGUCACGUCGAUAAAAUGGGCACUGAGGUCAGCAAAGGUCGAAUCAGCAUCAAAUGGGUUCCCACGGCACGAAUGGCCGCAGAUGGUCUCACAAAGCUUCUACCGCGGCAGAAGCAUGACGAAUUCGUGAAAAUGAUGUGA